AUGGGACCUCAGCAUUUGAGCCCUGUGCAGCUGCUCUGUCUCCUAGGGGCCAUUUCUACUCUGCCUCGGGCUGGAGCUCUUUUGUGUUAUGAAGCAACAUCUUCACUCUUCAGAGCUGUUGGUCUCCAUAACUGGCAAUGGCUUCUGAUGAGGAGCAUGGUGUGUAAACUGAAUGAGGGCUGUGAGGAGACGCUGGUGUUCAUCGAGACAGGGACCAAAAGGGGAAUUGUGGGUUUUAAAGGCUGCAGCCCAGCUUCAUCUUACCCCCCGCAAGUCUCCUACCUCGUUUCACCGCCCGGAUUGUCCAUUGCCUCCUAUAGCCGCGUCUGCCGGACAUACCUCUGCAAUAACCUCACCAACAUGGAUCAUUUUGUGAAACUCAAGGCCAAGGCUCCUAAGACUGUAGCAUCUUCUUCCCAUAGUUGCCCAACCUGUGUGGGCGAGCACUCUAAGGACUGCCUCCCAAGUUUUGUCACCACCGAGGCUUGCCCCGACAAUGCCACUGAGUGUUACAGUUCCACCUUAAAAUUUCAGGCAGGGGCUCUCAAUACCACCUUCCUCCUCAUGGGCUGUGCUCGUGAAUACACCGAUAUUUUAGCCCACUUUCACCAUAUUGGCAGCAUCAGAGUGACUGAGGUCAUCAACAUCUUAGAGAAGGCCCAGUUUGCUGGUGCAGAGCCCUCUAGUGGGAGACCUGCUCGGGGCAUCCUCUUAGGCCUCCUGUUUGCCUUCAGGGACUGA